ACACCACUCGUCAACUUUCCAACGCAACAUACACGUCACUCUCUCCGAAAGCCACGUCAUAUAAAAUCUAACGCGUCACCCCAACGCGCUACUUCUCUUCGUUUAUUAUGGCGUCCUUCUUCGAAAUAUCAUUAGUUCAUCGCACACAAAAAUUAAAUCCAAUUGCGCAUUAAAUCCAUGUGCGCGAUUACAUUACUACGUGCAUAAUUUGUGAGUAUAAAGUUUGAAUUUUCUGAAUUGUAAGGGAUUUUAUUUCUGGGUUUUGAUUGAAAGUUUUGAAGCAAGAUUUUGGGGUUUUAAUGGAUGAGAAGAAGAAGAGUGAGAGUGGCAUUAGAUGGAGAUGGGUGGCAAUGGUAGCUGUAAUUGCUUUAUUACUUGCGAUUAAUACGAAAGCUAGUUGGAAUUAUUUUCUUUGGAAUGAUAAUCAGAAUCCCAAUCGAUGUAAACAAGAGUCGUGUAAAUAUACAGGAAUGGUGGAGGAUUGUUGUUGUGAUUAUGAAACAGUAAACGUCCUAAAUGAAGAAGUUUUGAAUCCUUUGCUGCAAGAGCUUGUUACAACACCAUUUUUCAGAUAUUUCAAGGCUAAACUGUGGUGCGACUGUCCGUUCUGGCCUGACGAUGGGAUGUGCCGAUUACGUGAUUGCAGCGUCUGUGAAUGUCCAGAAAACGAGUUUCCAGAAACUUUUAGAAAGCCAUCUAAUGUCCUCAGGAAAGAAGAUUUGAUGUGCCAAGAGGGGAAACCCGAAGCUGCAGUUGACAGAACAUUAGACAAAAAGGUGUUCAGAGGCUGGGCAGAGGUUGAUAAUCCCUGGACAAGUGAUGAUGAGACCGAUAACAGUGAGAUGACCUAUGUAAACCUUCUUCUCAAUCCAGAACGUUAUACGGGAUAUACAGGUCCUUCAGCCAGGAGGAUAUGGGAUGCGAUAUAUUCAGAAAAUUGCCCAAGAUAUGCAUCUGGAGAGAUGUGCCAAGAGAAAAAGGUUCUCUACAAAUUGAUAUCUGGUCUGCAUGCCUCUAUUUCAGUUCAUAUUGCUGCAGAUUAUCUCCUUGAUGAAGCCACAAACACGUGGGGUCAGAAUUUUGAUGUGAUGCAUGAUCGGGUCUUGAGACAUCCAGAACGUGUUAGAAAUUUGUAUUUUACUUUCCUUUUUGUGCUCAGGGCUGUAACAAAGGCAUCAGACUAUUUGGAACAAGCUGAAUAUGACACUGGUAAUCAUGAAGAUGACUUGAAGACUCAGUCGUUGCUGAAACAACUGCUUUACAAUCAGAAGCUUCGGGCUGCAUGUCCACUUCCGUUCGAUGAAGCUAAGCUGUGGCAAGGGCAAAGUGGUCCUGAAUUGAAGCAGCAGAUUCAAAAGCAGUUUAGAAAUAUAAGUGCGCUAAUGGAUUGCGUAGGGUGUGAAAAGUGUAGAUUGUGGGGUAAACUACAAGUUCUUGGUCUUGGCACAGCAUUGAAGACCCUACUUUCAGUUGAGGGUGACAAUCACUUGAAUCAACCUUUGCAGUUGCAGUUGCAAAGGAAUGAAGUAAUUGCACUGUUAAACCUGCUUAACCGACUCUCGGAAUCAGUGAAACUGGUUCAUGAAAUGGCACCUUCUGUUGACAAGAUAGUCGGCCAAGUUUCAGGACCUCCCUCACAAAAAGUCGGCACAUUACAGAGAAUAUGGCAAUCAGUGAACGAUCUUAGGUCAAGGAAAUCGUCAUGAUAUAUCAUUUUCAGACGGCAAAUUUUGGUACCAUAUAUGGCACUAUGCGGAGUUUAUAGAUGUCUAGUUAGUAGUUAUACAAACACAUAUAUAUCAUAUAUGUACUGUAGACUGUAGUGAGCUUCUAAAUUUUUGUACAUUCAGAUCAAAUAUUUAGUGAACGUGUACAUUUUUGGACUUCUUAGCUUAA